UAGUAUCUACCGAAAGGGCACUACCCGAAUAAAUUCACGUGUCAACUCAAAAAUAUUAAAACAAUUUAAAAUAUUAGAAAAGUGACUACAUACUCAGUUUAAAAGUACAUUUAUUUCUCCCCUUGUGAAACAUUCCAUUGGUUUGAAGAUUUUUUUCAUAAAAACAUUGCAAAACUGUACACUCAUAAAAAUGGAAAGUUCUAUGGACCACUUAAUUUCGCGUUUGCCUGAGAUAAUUUCCAAAAUUAUGGAAUUCUUGCUCACUUCCGACUUGGAAUCGAUCUCUCUCGUCAACUCCACGUGGGAAAAGGAAGCCCUGAGACAUCUCCUGAUACGAAAUCCGGUCGAUGUCCACCUCCACAACAACGUCACCGAUUCCAAGGACCUCAUCCCCCUUAAGAACUUAUCCCCCACACGUCUUAACAUUGUAGUCUCUCAACCCGAGGAAAAUGCGGAGAUGAUUUUAUUACCAAAAAUACAGCUAUUUAUCACCAUAAAUUUCACCACCGUGACAAAAUUAAGUAUCAAUAUCUUCCUCGAUAGCUCUUUCCGCCACGUGGCGUCUCGUUCGGCCAAGAUUUAUGAAUCUUUCAAAAACCUGAGCUGUCUCGAAUUCCAAAUGGUUUUGGUCAAUCAUAAAGAACUAUUUUCUUCCGAUCAAGACUGGGACGACCUACUUCCCGCCACCAGCAUUAACCCCCAAAAACUGACCACUUUGACCCUUAACAUGUCCGACCUCAUUCGUAAAGAUCAAGUCCCCCAAUGCGACAACUUUAUCUCGCUGACCACCCGACUUCUAACGGUGUUCAGGGGCGUGAAAAGCCUCAAAAUGAUCGACACCCCUGGCAGCGGGCUGCUUCAAGAAGACGAUCCCAUUUUACCCCACCUCACCUCAAUCUCAUUCAUACGAACGUUUCAAAUCGAGAAAUAUGGUCCACUCCUACGAUUUUUCCAAUUUAAAGCACCCCUCGCGCCAACUUUUGAUAACAUAACCCGGUUCGAAUUUAACGUUUCAAUUUCCGAUGCAACCAACGGAUCCGACUUAUUGCGCCUCCUCGCGCCUCAGCUCGAACACGUGUGCAUUUCCGGGGUGGACAACACCUACCCGGAUUCAGUCUCCGAGAAUUUCUGCACCAUCCCGAUUCUCCCCAGGUUGAAAGUUUUCGAAAUUUUGAGAGAAAAAGUUCUUUAUAAUUGCUACGAAAUUAAUUGGUUUCGACCUGGUCUGCACUUAAAUUUUGAGACUGAACAGGACGAAGUUAAGUUAGUGUAUAAAGAACAAUUUCCCGUUUUGGAGCGGUUAAUCGUGCGCCUGUCGCGGGAACCGAUUCUCGCCUGGGUUAAGGAAUGCGACCUUAAUCCCGAUGAGAAUUUGCAUUUUGAGACGACCAUGCUUCUCUUGUAUGAAACUUUUUUGGCGGAGGGUGUCGCGCCGUGUGGGACCUUAAGGAAUUUGGAUAUUUCCUUUCCUUCGGGGGAUUUCGAUGUGGGAAGUAUGGUAAUGAAGUGGCGGCGUGGGGGAGAUGAUUUAUGGGGGUGGGAGGAAGACGUGCCGGAUUUUUAUGAGAGAAUUUCCACCAUUUUUCCCAACCUGGAUUACCACGUGGUCAUGAGAGGAAAGGCGGUCGUGAGGGGGGCGAGGCUCCAAAAGUUUGUCGAAAUGGGGGUGUCCUUAGAGAUUUUUAGUGAGGAGGGAUGCGUUUAUUCGGAUUUUGCCAAGAUAUUUAAUGCUCCUUGUGGCACCCCUCCCGACGUAGGGAAAACAGGAACGAGGCCAGAAACAAGGGUUAGGUGGGUGUGUUUCGUGGCCGGAGUGAUGAUUGGAAUAAUGGGGGUAAUUUAUGAAGUAGAUUUAAUGUUCAGGGAUUUGUUAAGUUUUGCUUAAAGAAGGAUUAAAUUAUGUAGUUAAAAUUCUUCUCAUGUGAUCAGAUUCGGAUGUAGGGGUAUGCUUAAUAAUUUAAUUGUAAGAUCGGCACGAAAAAUUGAGCAAGUUCAGUACAAUAAUUGUCGUUGUUUAUAUUUACUCUUCACUUUUGGUGGUUAACAAAUAGUUUCCCCAGUUUAAAUUUAUCCACAUAUUUAUUUACAUAUUUACAAAUACAGAUACAUAUGUACAUAUGCAAAUACAUCUCACAAAUUAGAAAAUUUUGUACGUUACACAUGGUAUCUUUUUAAUAGUUAAAUACUUAUUGCCAGUGAAUGCAUUCUAUAGAUUUACAUAUGUAGUACUUUAUACGGGUAAUAGUUGCUACAUAUUUACAUAUUAUUUAUAAAGAGGCAUCUAUAAAGCUCUGUUAAGUAAAGCUACUUUAUGGAAAAAAGGAACCCACAAUAAAUGUAAAUGGCGUACAAAUAAUGUACAUAUUUAGGUAUAUUGUAUUUCUGCGUAUAUAUUUCCAUGUAGGAAUGAGCUUAUCUUACAAUUACAUACAAUAAAAAUACUG